AUGGCUCUGCGGUGGCGGUUGCGAUCUCCGAGACCUCCGGGUAGUACAGAAAAUCCAAAGAACACUGCAGGAAGAACACAUUUCAUGAAAGAUAAAGCCACUCAAGAGCACAGGCCUAUUGACACCUUUGACUUUCCUGAGAAUUCUGUGAUCUCCAGAAAUGAGAAAGAUGAAGAACCUUAUGAAAACUUUGACCCUCUCUUUCACAGCACUGCCAUCUAUGCCGAUGAGGAGGAGUUUGGACCCUGUGCAUCUCCUGUGCCUUUAAUUCCUCAAGGAAAAGAAGAGAAACAAAGUUCGAGCACUACUGAAAAUGAAGCAAGUGGAAACGAAUCUGUAAGAGUUAGUACAAGAAAGUCCACAAGAAAACGGAAGCCCAUUAGUGAUGACUCUGAGAGCACAGAAGACAAUGUAAGCAGAAAAGUGAACUCAGUAAAGAAAAGAAGGCCAGAAUACCGUGAUGCUGCUCCAGCUGUGCCGGCUUCCGAACCCUCAGAGAAAGCAGCAGACACAGUCCUUCCUAAAAGGACUGAGCCUCUCAGCACUCAGGCUGAAGUGGUCACUCCUGGGAGUACCACACCCCUCAGCACCCAGGCUUCAGUCAACAAAGAAACUCGGGCAACACAUAGGCAACCGAAGACUCAGAGAAAAAGGACCGUGGUUCCAGGCAAAAAGAAAAAACCAAGAAAUGAAGCCACAGACUCAGAUACUUCUGAGAGUAUGCAUAUUUGGUGUCUAGAAGGAAGGAAAGCCAGUGACAUCAUGGAGUUGGAUAUUAUUUUGUCUGCAUUUGAGAAAAUCUUCCUGCAAUAUAAACAAAGAAUCAAAUCUGCAGUUUGUGAAGAAGCCGUCACCAAAUUUUACCUUAACAUUAAAGAAGAACUCAUCAGAAUGCUCAAAGAAGUCCAGACACUGAAAACUUUGAAAAGGAAGAAUGCUAAGGCGAUCACCAACAUUGAAAAGAAAAGACAGCGUUUGAUUGAAGUCCAGGAUGAAUUGCUUCGGUUACAGCCACAGCUGAAACAACUACAAACAAAAUAUGAAGAACUUAAGGAGAGAAAGUCAUCUCUUAGCAACGUGCUGUGCUUCUUACCUAAUUUAAAACAGCUUCACCAAGAUUAUUCAGAUCUUCAGGAGAAAGAACCCAACAUACGAGACACAUAUGAUUCAUCCAGCCUUCCAGCUCUGUUACUUAAAGCGAAAACCUUUUUGGCUGCAGAAAACCAUCUGAAAAAUAUCAACCAGCAGUUAGAGAAGCUCCUUGCUGGGAAAGGGACAACCAGUGACUGAAAGGCACCUGUGGAGCAAGAUCUCAUGGUAGUCCAUUACCUUCUGAAACUCAGCUGUUUUAUAAAUAAUGUAUAGGCGAAUCACUAGAUGCGGUAGGUUUUUUUGUUGUUCAAACUAAGUAACACUAGUUGAAGUAUCUAAGCAUUUUAGAAGCUAUAGUCAUCUUUUCUCGUUAGUGUCUUAAGUAAUAAACUUUAAUAAUAAACUUUAAUAUUGUUAACAUCUAAUCUUUAUUUUUUUUUCUUUUUUGGUACAGGUCCUGGGACUUGAACUCAGGGCCUGGGCACUGUUCCUGAGU